AUGGCUAGUGGCAGGGAUCGCGCAUACCGGAAUAAGGAUGGUCUCGAAGAGAAAGUAGAGGCCGAUCAGAAACAAGCCGACGAAGACGGACCCGGCGCCGAAAGAAGAGACAGGCGAGAAACCGACGUUAGGCAACACGCUGAAGUAGAAGAGACUCGGACCAUUCCCGAGGAAGGUGAUCACCCGUCGGAUAGCUCUUCGGACAGGCGCGGCAGGGACAGAGGACGGACUAGAGAUACGGCAUAUCUGAGGGAGCUUCGCUAUAGGGCUGAAGGUACCGAGUCGAGGCCGGCCAGGCGAUACAGCCGUCAGAGGGCCCCCGCAUCAGAAAGACGGCGUGGCGAACGAACUCCCGACUACGACACAAACCUCUCCGGCAUCGAAGAAAGGUCGCCUUACAGGAGCAAGGAGAGAGCGCGCAAACCGACGGCGACCAGGAGAGAUCCAAUGCGCUCGAUUAUCGAAAAGUAUUACCGUGAGAACCUCCAGAAUCGUGCGAGAGGUGAAUCUAGGGUCCGAAGGUCAGACAGAAAAGAGCCCUCUACGGUAGCUCACGAACGAAAAGGGAAAGCCGAAAAAGCGACGGACGAGACUCGCGAGCUCGGAAACCACAAAGAGCGUGAAGCAAACGCUUUGACGACGGUCACGAAGACCGCUACGGAGCCUAAGGAGCCCCCGGUGUCUACGAAAGACUUAGGUCCUGCAAAACAGGUGACAGAAGAGAAAGGCCCAGACAAGAAGCCCGUGCCUGCUGUCGAAGAAACGUUGGACGACGAAGAGAAAUACUCGACGGGUUCGGAGGACUAUUACGAGGAGGUGACGGAGGAAGUCCUAGAGCCCGACCCUAACGAUUGGCGCCAAGGGCGUGGUGGACUUAUAACGCGUCGCACGACGCGUUCCACUACUAAGAAGCGCAAGUACGGUAAACCGGGCGUUCCCAAGGCCGGCGAGCAGCCCAGUUCGAGACCCACUAGCGACAAGAAAGGGCGUGAUGACGAGACUGACGCAGAAAAUAAAAGUGGGACUACCACCAGCGAAGCGGACGAGUUGUUCCCACCAGCCCAAGGCAUCGAAGAUAAGGAGACAACUACAUGCCCCUGUUGUGGGUCCUGCUGGCCAAGCCACAUGGGUGAGUCGAGAAUGAAGGCGGCUCAAGGACAAAGCAAAACAUGGCGACGUCGCUUGCGCCGUGGUGACGAAGGCCCUGCCGGAGACGAAUGGUACGAGGUGCGUAAUCUCGGUCCAAAGCCGGCCUCACGCUUCUCCAGACGAAGAACCGAGAUGACCGACACCACCGGCAGAGGUUUACAAGGAGGAGUGCGGUUUGCAGACCAAAUGCCCUAUCCGUAUGCCUUUCCGCCAGCCACUCCACCCGCGUACUCCGCGCAACAAGUAUAUCCCCCGGGAGUGCAGGCGCAAGACAUCUACUGCAACGCCUAUCAACCAAACCUACAGGGACCCUACCAGAGGCCCCCGUUGUUCCCAGCGCCGGCUGCUUUUCCACAGCCGUACCCGAUGCCACCAGCUGCAAUGGGAACGUACGGAGGGGCUGUUCAGGCAAACUCUGCGACGGCGUUUCCCACGGCUACCGGUGGCUGCGCCACGUGCCGCGCGCAAGCCCUCUUGGGCCAGCUCUCGCUCGGCGGUGGUCAGCCGCCGCCGACCAUAAGCGUGGAGGACUUCCUCCGCCGCGAGCAGCGCGUGCGACAAGAAGAGAGGCUGCGCCUAGAAGAGAAGCAGCUGCGCGAAGAAAAGCUGCGGCGCGAGGAGCGCGUGCGACAGCAAGAGCGGUUGCGGCGCGAGGAACGGGCUCGCCAGGAGGAGCGAAGGCGACGCGAGCUCGAAGAGGAGCGGUUGCGCCAGCAAGAACGGCUGCGCAUCGAGGAACGCAUUCGCGAAGAGCAGCGCAGGGAGCGUCUCGAGAGGCAGCGACGCGAGAGAAUCGAAGAACAGCGCCGCUACAACGACCGUCUCCGGCGGGAGCUUGCCGAGCUGAGGAUGGCCACCGAUCGCAUUGCUGAGGCGGCCCCUUCAGGCAGCUUCAUCGACGACGUCGUGAUCGGAAGCCGGCUAAGACCGGUGCCCAGCUCCGUUCUGCGUAGAGUGGGCUCGCUGGACAGGCUCAGGGCCUCCGCCCUGCGAGAUCCCGGGGAUUCGGAACGGCCUGCAGCGUCGACUCGUGGCGUCAGUCGUCCCGCCCGCUGGGAUGACGUGCACCGUUACACUGAAGAGACUGGAGAUCCACGGAGGCCUCCUCCUCGCGGUGGUGGAAGAUUCCGCUAG